AUGGGUGCUCAGGGCCCCGGCUGCGCUCCGCCUAUGCCCGAGGGAGGCUCAGAGGACCGAGGGCCGCGGUCCGCGGCGGGCCCGAAUCAGACACCUCCGGGGCCACGUGGCCCUGAGCCACGAACGGGAGUGGGCAGGGGGGGCGCCGACAGGGGGCGGGCCUGGAGAGGCCCAGGGCGGGAGGGCGCCGAGACCUCCGCGCCCCUCACCCCAACCCCAAGCCCAGGCAUGCACGCCCGACCGCCUGCUCGGGGUCCCGGAAACACUCCGGGCCCCCGGGCCGGGCCAGGUUUGCUGGCCAGGGUUACUGGUGUGCGGGGACGGGGAGGCUUCGGCCGGGCUGCCGGCCCUGGCCGGCGCGCCCCGUGGAAAGGUGCGGCCGGCUGGCUCGACACGGCACAUCAGAGCGAAAAGGAGGCGCAGCGCAGGGUUUUUAAAGGUGCCUGGCGGCAACCGCCUCCAUCUAAGAUCAUACCACCCUGA